AUGACGGCGCCAGAUUGGAGGAGCUCCUGGCCACUUGUGACUGGCCCACCAAAGAGAACCCAGGGAAACGAUCUGCUUCUCAGAGAACUGGGAGCCUGUGAAGAGGAGAGCAUAAGAGCUGGACCCGAUUGCAUCACAUUUCCAGCCAAUGAUAAUCAAUACCAAGAACAGCUUUACAAGAAGAUUGUUAAACAAAACAGUCGAUUGGAACUUUUGGAUGCAGCACGAAGAAGAACGAAGGCGCAGCAUGACACUACCGCUACACCGAAAGCUCUCCGGACAAUCCAAAAAAUAAAACGACGUCUUUUGAAAUUUACUAUGCAACAUAUCCUCGGACUUCGCAGUCCGGAUAUGAGAUCAAUGUUCCUUCUGGUUGGUCAGAGAAAGACAGAUGACGGAUGGGCACUAAGAGCUCUGUGA